AUUUACAAACAAAUCACCUGCACCAAUCAUUUGUUAUUUUUCCAGCUUAUAGUGAGUUUCCGACAUGCAGAAGAGGAUUGUUACAUAUUAUCGUAUGUAAAAAUUCCUCCAAAAUGUCCCUCAAGCUAGAUUCUCGUUGGAGUAAACGGGGCAUAAAAAAGUGCCCGCAUUGUAAUGUCUACAACGGACACCGAGCGGUUCGCUGCAAGAAUAAGUUGUGCGGAAAAUCCCUCAAAGAGGCACCAAGGACAGAUGUCAAAAUUUGUGUCCCGAAAGAUUGCUUCGUUGCCGUGCAGUUACGGAAUGGUCUUCAGGAACAAUCGAAAAAGUUGUACAGCGUAAGAAAUUUGAAUGGAACUAAUAUUGUAAGGGGUUUUGUGGAGAUUCGAGAGGACUUGGAUCGUACAGAUGACCAGGCACUUCAAUCUCAAACCGCCGUUUGCUACGUGGGUUGUGAUCUUCAGACGUAUCCCGCAACGGAGUGCCAACAUGUACGAGUGGCAUCGGAAACAACCGAAGUAGCCGAAGCAAUGGUUAUUAGAAAAGAAUGUAUAGAUUUACUUAAUAUUCCGUCUGAAACCAGAGAAACUAUUUGGAGGCAACAGGGAACUAGCAGUGUUGAUAAUCCGCUCGUCCAGAAAGUGUCAGCAGAUACUUUCGUUGUUAAGUGCAAUAAUGAGUUACAACAAAGAAUUCCUUAUUGUCACGUUCAACUGAAGGAGCAGUCGAGUAUUAUCUGCGAUACUCAAAACCGUGGUAUAUGUGUAUCACCAAACCAUGAAUUCAUGGUAGCUGCAGCUAUAAUGAGUACGCCAAAAUACAGAUCGAUGUUCGAUGGCUUCAUUGAAAAACUAUUGCUAAAAACGAAUGAUACAAUUGCAUCGCUCGAAAGUGUAUCUGUUUUGGAUGGUAUGGCUCUUCUACACGAUGAUGAGCUUGUGACUGAUUUACCUCUGCAAAAUAAUGAUCAAUUCUUGAUUGCCACGAUUCAAGACCCUGCCAGUAUAGUCACCGAUACGGACAUUCAGCUGGUAGAUUGCAGUAGGCUAGAAUUUGAUACUGAAUUAGGGAGAAUCGAUUUUACACAAUCGAGUGUACCAAUAAGCGUUUCAACCUCUCCGGUGAUUGAACUAAUCAACAGUACCGACGAAGGUGACUCCGCUGUGGACGCGUUCGUCGCCAGCUACAAUGACACUUUCCAGUUGAUGGAUUGCCAGAUCGAACUGAUGGACCAGUUUAAUUUGACGGAUCGAAUCGAUUUCUGCCCGUCGGACAUCGAGCUGAGCGAGGAUAUCGUGGCUCGUAACGAUGAUCAAUUAGCUCUGAACAAUCAAACACCGUCGAAAAGUCUGGAAAUUGAAAGUGUGGAGAAGGACAACUACAAGGGCAAGAGAAAACUGAUAGAGGUUACAGCAAAGAAAACAGCACUUAGACAGUCUAGCAAAAACGCGAAGGAAAAACUGAGAAAAGGCAGCUAUAGCGUCAGGAAAUUAUUGAAAGUUUUGGAAUCGAACGGAAUUGUUUUCAACAGGCUAAAACCUUCGGAAGCGAUGCAAAUGGCAUCUGCGAAUAAGGAACACAUCACGACGACGGGUUCUCUGCCGUCAUACGAAGCAAUUUUGUGCGAAUUAUCGUUCACAAGCUGGUUAGAAUCGGUUAUAGAACAGCUAAACUCAGUCAUAGUAUACGAGGGAAGCGGGAAGCCGGACACUCAAAUCUUCAGUAUACAUGAGAACUUUUUCAAAUGCCUUCGCGCUCGGUUCUCUGUUGGACACUGUCUUCGGAUGCCAGACCAUACCAAGGUUAUCACUGAAGGUAUGCGGCAAGGGCUCUCUUGUGAAGUAUACAACUUUUCCUGUUACAAAAGUUUACGGAACGCACUGAGAACUGACAAGAAAACCAUCGAAACAGCGUAAUGACACAACUUCAUGGAUUAGCUCAUACAGGUGCUCGUGCAACAAGAAGGUUGAUCACCGCUCGAUUUAUUUGGCCCGGCAUGAACAAAGAUAUCAACCAAUUCGUGAGAACAUGUCAGCAGUGCCAAUUAUCAAAAGUAACAAGGCACACCGUAGCACCUUCAUCUACUUUUGAUAUACCCAAAGCUCGCUUUCGGAACAUCCACAUCGAUUUCGUUGGACCACUUGCUCCUUCUUGUGGAAAUCGUUAUUUGUUGACCAUCAUUGACCGUUACUCGCGAUGGGCGGAAGCGAUUCCACUUAGCGAAAUGACUGCGCCAACCGUCGCUAAAGCUCUCUACGCAGGAUGGAUAGCUCGUUUUGGGACUCCAGAGACGAUCACAUCAGACCAAGGGAGGCAGUUUGAGUCAGAGGUUUUCAAGGAUCUCACGCGAUUGCUUGGUGUACAUCAUAUACGUACCACUGCAUACCACCCGCAGUCCAACGGAAUUAUCGAAAGAUUUCACCGAACUCUAAAAGCAUCCCUCAUGUGUGCCGGUGGGCGGAAUUGGCAUGAUCGGCUUCCUUUAGUACUACUAGGACUUCGCUCCGCUUACCGAGAAGACUUAAAAUGUUCAUCUGCAGAGUUGGUGUACGGUCAAGCCCUCAGAAUUCCGGGAGAAUUCUACGACCAUCCAACAACAAACAUCGAUCGUUCAGAGCUAUCAAGUUUUUUGCACAAGACAUUCAGCGAGUUAAAUGCACCAGUUCCGAUCCACCAUGCGAAAAAAAAGCGUUUGUACACCAAAAAUUGAAAGAUUGUAGCCAUGUCUUUCUGCGAGUAGAUUCGGUAAAGAAGCCGCUCCAACAACCAUAUGAGGGACCUUACGAGGUUUUAAGAAGGAAUGGAAAAUUUUUCGAAAUCUCCAUUCGAGGAAACAAGCAUAUCGUAUCCAUCGACCGUGUAAAACCAGCGUUCAUAUGCGAUGGAAGCAUCUCGCGUCAUCCCCAGGACGACACUAAAACCGUAGUUACACAAUCAGGACACAGAGUUCGUUUCUUAGUGUAACUGGAGGGGCAUAUGUGGUGACCCUAUUCAAUAAGUCGUCCUAGCACCUGGCUGCACUGCAAGUGCAGCAAAGUCAGUCUAAAAGUAUCCUCACGUAUGUAAACAUAUGUAUAGAAAUAAAGUUAAAUUUAAUUAAUUUAUUUCGUCGCGUUAUUUGCUCCUCGUCAUUUCCGACCCACAGGACUAACAACGCUUGUAACUAUGUAAUUAUAGAACACAUGGGAAUUUAAUUUUCCGAAUUCAGAAUUUCAGAGCUUUCCGAAAAUUUUUAAUUGUCAUGUUCGGAUGAAAUAUGUGUAAUAUUUUUAUGGGACCCCCUCUCCAUUCCAGAGAAGGGAGGGGUGCCAUACCAUCAUAGAAACAUUUCUCGUACACACAAACCCUCACAUUCCAGAUUUGGCUCCCUUUGCUUGAUUAGUUUUCGAGUUAUGCAGAAAUUUGUGUUUCAUUUGUUUGACAGCCCACCCUUAGAGAGCGGGAGGAGUGUCUAACCACCAAAGAAAUAUUUAUUGUCCCCUAAAACCUCCACAUGCCAAAUUUGGUUUCGUUUGCUUGAUUAAUUCUCGAGUAAUUCAGAAAUUUAUGUUUCAUUUGUAUGGCAGCCCCCCCUUAAAGAGGGGGGGUAGAGAGUCUAGAGUCUAACCACCGUAAAAACAUUUUGCACCCUAAAACCUUCACAUGUCAAAUUUGGCUUCAUUAGCUUGAUUAAUUCUCGACUAAUGCAGAAAUUUGUGUUUCAUUUGUAUAGCAGAAAGCAAUUCUGCAUUUGUAUAGCAAUUCAAUUUUACUUCUCGUUAUGUUGACCAAAACAUAAACGAACAAAGUCAGAGUCACACAAUCUUUUGUUCCUUUGACGGAUAAACAUUUGACAGUGCAUGGGAAAAAAGGUUGCAAGUUUUUUUCAUGUAAAAUCAACUUGAAAAUAAAUUUUAUUGACUCCGUAUGACUUAGAUUGAAACGAAAAGUUUUCCGCUUGAGUCUUAGUUUUAGACGACUGAAGUUUUCUUCACCCUAAUUGUGAAAAAAGUAAUUCCAAUUGCUGACACAAGUCAAAAUUCCAUGAAACUGCUCUAGAAUCCAAACAUAGUAGACAUUAGAAUACUAUUUCUGAAAUCAAUGAAAAAAUUAAACAUUUUAGUUCGUGAUAUGUUCUUUUUUUCAUAAUGCAAAAAAUAUGAUUUGGAAAUCUGUAAUUAGCUUUUGUAUAUCCUUUUUCAACGUUAUUCGUUGACACAUUCAAUUUUAUAUCAUUUGAGUAACUGACUGGUAUGCCUGGCAUGUGAACUACCUAUAUUUCUGGCUACUAACACAAUCAAAGUUCAACAUAACCAAACCCCGUGAAUCUUCGCACCUUCUAUUCUUCAUCUCGGUCCUAGGCAUCGUAUCAAACGUAAAAGGACUUUCAUCAAAUUUAUUUGUAACGAAGAACAUAAUCUAUUACAAAAAUUUCGAUGCAUUCUAACAUAAUAUUCGAAGUGGAAAACAAGUGGAUUGCAUAAUUUAAUUGCGUAGUUCUACGUCGAAAAUAUGCGGUCGUGUUCUAGAUACAACCUCUUACAAUUUUUAAAAUACUUAUUUCACAUGUCAAUGUGGACAUUAACUAUAUACCUACACCGCCCCCCCCCCACCGUGGACUUUUUUGUAACCCCUAUCCCCCUAAAGUUGUUCACGUGAUAUGUGGACAGGUUCUUAUCGAAAUAGUCGUUAAUGGCUUAAGAAAAAAAAUAAAAAUAUAUAUAUUUCACAGAAUGUAUAGAAGCUAGUGAGAGAAUCUAUAAGUAGCCAGGAAGAUGGGGAAAGUAUCGAAUUCAAUCGUUCAGGAGCCGGGGAAGUUGUCCGCAGAUGACCACUGUGUUGUCAGGUAUUGUCUCGACUCUGGAAUACAAUUCAAGUUGAACUGUUCGUCGGUUUCAGAGUUAACAAAUAAAAACCAAGAUCAAGUCAAGACUAAAACCAAGUAUCGUCAGUUUCUUGGGUGACUUUGAGUAAUCGACUCAAAGCCAGUUCAUCUCAGCCGUUCAGAUGAAACGAGAAAGACGCGAUCUCUUUAUCUGAAAUUCCAAAACACAUCAUAUACUCACAAAAAUAUUUUAUUCAACACGAACCUAUCGAUCAAUCGGACAAAAAAAUGUAUGGUUGACGUGGGACUACCCUUGACUUAGUUAUCAUUUGUUUGUAUUGAUUAAAUUAUUGAUUGAAUGAAACAAUUUUCGAAUUCUAUUGAGUUCAACAUAUUUGCUCUGUAAGUAAUGUAUUUGAACAAAAAGCCAUGUAAGAUCAAUUUAUGCAUUGUAAUAGAUUAUGUUCUUCGUUACAAGUAGCUUUGAUGUCCGUCCUUUUACGUUCGGUAUGAUACCUAGGACUACAAAAAUAUGUGAACAGAAGAAUUGUCAAAUGAUCAUUAUUUUUUACAUUUCCCUAUGAAGUGGUUGCAUCUCUCAAGUGUACGUACUUCUUGAACCGCGACUUUGCUUGAUUUGAUGAACAUCAGGCACUCAGUUUCGAUUUUGAUAUGCACGUCCAACGCACAUGGUUGAAAUAAUCGACGUUAUCGUAGCAAAUGGUUAUCAGCAUUUUGCCUAAUCAUCAAACGGUAUGGGUAAAAAUUCAGUGAGCAGAAGAUAUGAAGGCAUACCUUCCAAUGCAGUCUUAAAUAACCGAGCCAAAGCGUUGUGUUCGUACGCGUUUUUGUAGUUCGUGUUAGGAAAACACAUUCCGGAGUGCAAAAAGAACAUGCGGGUACAGAAGUCCCCCCGGCUCGCAUGAAUCAACAAACUUCAACUUCUUUUUAUACUAUAGAGCUUAAGCUUGGGUAGACUGUACACUUCGUAGUUGCUCUCCGUGAUUGACCUAAACCAGCGAAAUUGCACAAAGAACUAAUGACGCUUGGGAGUAGCAAAUCAUUCUCAUUGUACAAGUUUCAAUGAAUCGAGCUUUAAAUAGUCAAUAACGACGCCGACCACGUCAAUCAACACACUUUAACUUCUACUUUUUAUACUAUUGUGGCGUUAAACUCAUUCGCUUCUAGUAUCGCAAACGAUGGUUUUCUCAGGCUCCUCAGUUUGGAAGUACGUGUUAGGGAAACAUAUUCCGGUCUGCACAGAGACAAGCGAGUACAGUACAAAAGUACUCGCAGCUUGCAUAUAUUUGUAAAGCGGAUGUGCCCAGGCACAUUGAUUUUGAUGUUCGUGUUAGGGUACGACAUUUCGGUGGAAACAAAAAUACCCAUGACUUGCGUGUGUUUGCAAUGCCGACUUCCCCAGAAACCUUAGGUUUGAGGUCCGUGUUGGGGAAACCUUAAAUCGGGCCAAUCAUAACGUAGCGGUUAGGGCGUUUAGAUAACGCUUGACAUUUCACAGUUAUUCAACUGUUCAAUUUUUUAUCUCAUGAAAAAUAACAUUUUAUUCAUUGUGAUAGAUGCGUAGAUAUAUUUCCUAUUUAUUAAUGCAAACAUCUUUCCGAUCUAUUGAGAACAUUCGAAGUCUUUAAUUUUUUUCCUGUAUGUUCUGUGUUUAGUUUUUCAUUUUUACCCCCAUAUAUUCCAGCUAGACGUAGUCCCACGUCGAAAAACUGUGGAUUAUAUACAACUGUUGACUGAACGGAACGAUACUAAUCACGUAACUUAUGAAUUGAGUUUAAAUACAGUUUAGCACUUAUAAAUUUUCUGUGUGUAGCAUGUCCGUAUGGUCGAAGCGGCGGGCUUCCUUUCAUAUGUUGAAAAUGUUCUAACAAGAGUGGCGUAUGAAAUUUUCGAUUGUGUUUCUUGACAAUAUUCAUAGUUUGUUGUCUCUCAUUGCAGAUAUCACUAGCGUUCGAGAAAUCAUUCAGUCGUUCUGCUACCGGUUCGUAUCACGAAAUCGAUCUGUCGGCUCUACCCCCUAGCAGCGGUGGUCGUUCCCGCUCAUCAAAAGACAGAUGUAUCGCCAUCAAAGCCUUCCAAUAC